GUAGUGUUGUGUAUAUAUGAUUUUCGAUGGUUGAUGGUAUCAUACCGAACAUAUACUAUGUGGUAUCACGAAAAACGUUCUUAGGUUUCUCUAUUUUCUUAUAGCUUCCAUCCCUGAAUUAGAUUGCAGUACAUUAAAACAGAUUAAAGCAACAAGAGUCAAAUGGCCUCGGCUGCGAUGUCACCGACCGACGAUGACGAGCUCACUCUUCCUCGUGCGUCAAUUAACAAAAUAAUCAAGGAGAUUCUGCCUCACGUGCGAGUGGCAAAUGAAUCCAGAGAGCUCAUCUUGAACUGCUGUACAGAAUUCAUUCACUUGCUAUCUUCUGAGGCAAACGAGAUUUGCAAUCAGCAACAGAAAAAAACUAUAAAUGCGGAACACGUUCUGCAGGCGCUCGAUAAAUUGGGCUUCGGUGAUUACAAUGCGGAGGCUGAAGCCGUGUUACGGGACUGCAAGGCUGUAGCAGCUAAAAGAAGACGUCAGAGUACCAGAUUGGAGAAUCUGGGCAUUCCGGAGGAGGAAUUAUUGCGACAGCAACAAGAGUUAUUCGCUAAAGCAAGAGAGGAGCAAGCGGUCGCAGAGCAGCAGCAGUGGCAACAAUUGCAAGCUGUUACGCAAAUGGCAUCCAUGCAGCAGGGUGAUAGCGAACAGGAGGAUUAUUCAUAAAGAAACUUGAAUCGCGAAGCUUAUGAAGAUAGUUUGUUUUUACUUGGAAAAAUAUAGAUAUUUAUAAUUAGAAUAAAGCGGAGAGGGAGAAGAAAAGGAGGGGAGGGAGGGAGUUAAUGAUAGUAGUGAAAGAUAGUAAUGAAAGAAAAGUUCAAAGUACCAGAUGCAAAUUCUAUUAUUCUUACAGGUUUGGAAGCUAUUUUUAAUGAUUUAAUUUUGUAUUAUAUAUUACAAUGUUGUAUAUUUGAAAACACACUUCCUACAUUUCUUAUUUUAAUAUUAUAAUUUAGAAAAGUAAAUACCUCGUGAAAAAUCAA